AUGUCUUAUAUCGAUACGAAUAAGGACCUGGCUGCGCUCUUCGAGCUUCAGGCGCAGUCCACGCCUGACGCCAUUGCUCUCGAAGACGAGAACCGCACCCUUACAUACGCCCAGCUCGACAGCGAGACAUGGGCACUCGCAGACCGCCUGCGCAACUACGGCAUUGGCCGCGAUAGCCUCGUUGGCGUGCUCAUGGGCCGCUGCGCCGAUAAUGUCAUUGCCUCGCUUGCCGCACUCCGAGCUGGCGGCGCGUUUCUGGUCUUGGAGCUUGCAUACCCCUCUGCUCUGCUUCGCGACGUCGUUGACGAUGCCCAACCGACCCUCAUUAUAACACAAAAAGCCCAUGCUGGCCAAAUCAAGUCCGACAUUCCCGUCAUUGUUAUCGACCAACCCGAGGGUGCCACCAAUGGCUUCCCCGAAAUUCCAAAUAUCGACGCGAAGCGACCGCUCCCAGAGGACGACGAUCUCGACCGCCUGGCGUUUGUGUCAUACUCUUCUGGAACUACAGGCAAACCCAAAGGUAUCGCUAACCCGCACCGAGCCGCCAUUACCUCGUACAAUGCGAGAUUUGGUCUUUCCGACUUGCAGCCUGGCGACCGCGUCGCCUGCAAUGUCUUCUUCGUCUGGGAAAUGCUGCGUCCGCUGCUCCGUGGUGCCACCACCGUCGCGAUCCCGGAUAGCGCUAGCUACGACCCAAUUGCUCUUGUUGAGCUUCUUUCUUCCCGCAAAAUUACUGAUACCCUCAUGACCCCCACCCUCCUCGCCACAGUACUCUCGCGCCACGAGAAUCUGGGUAAAAAAGUACCCCACCUCAAGUCUCUCUGGCUCAAUGGUGAGGUCGUCACGACCGACCUUUGCAGGCGCGCAUUUGCGGCGAUGCCGAAUGUUCGACUCCUCAACGUAUACAGUGCGAGCGAAACCCAUGAAGCUGCCGUUGGCGAUAUCAAAACAUUUAUCGACUACGAAGCGCGUGUGUGCCCCGUCGGUCCUCCCACCGAUCCCGAGCACACCUACAUUCUCGAUGAGGCCGGCAACCGAGUCGCUCCGGGCGUCAGCGGCGAACUUUACGUUGGUGGCGACAUGCUUGCCCGCGGAUACCUCAACCUGCCGGAAACCACACAGAAAGCCUUCCAGCAAGAUCCUUUUGAGCACAAUCCCAAUGCACGCAUGUACCGUACCGGCGAUAUUGCUCGUAUUUUGCCGUCUGGCCUGCUGGAAAUCACUGGUCGUGUCGGUGGCAUGAUCAAGACGCGAGGAUACACUGUACAGCCAGCCGCUGUUGAGACCAGCAUCGUUAAGCACCUAGCAGUUCGUGACUGUGCUGUCGUUGCGACUGGCGAAGGCCUGCAGCGCCAGCUCGUCGCCUAUUUCGUACCGGAAACUAAAGAUAUUGCCGGACGCACCAUUGUCGUCAUCGACGAUUCAGGAUACAGCCCUGUGGCACGACGUGCGCUCACGGACCAUUUGGCGCACUACAUGAUCCCGCCUCUGUGGGUUGAGCUGGUCGAAUUACCGACCCACGGGGUCUCAGGCAAAACUGACCUGAAAGCGCUGCCACCACCCCCUUCACCAAAGACGCCGCCGCGCCAGAAGAAGCCGGAAACCAAUAUCCGGGUCAAGAUGGAAACAAUUGUGCAAAUUUGGGCAGCUGCGCUCGGCAUGCCGUCAGCCGCCAUUGAUCCCAAGCUCGAUUUUUUUGAUCUCGGUGGCCAUUCUCUUAUUCUCGCCGACUUGGCUAACCGCCUUUCCAAGGCCUUUGGCUUCCCCGUACCUCUGGGUCCCCUUGCUGGUACCCCGACGCUGGAGGGUCAUCUCGCAGCCGUCAAGGCUGCCCGCGAUGGUCACACAGCGGCCGUGCAGGCCGAUCUACCAGCUGUCCUGGCUGCGGAUUGCAUCCUGCCUGACGAUAUUCAAGCUCCCGCGGGCUCCAAGAUGUGCAGACUUCGAGAUGCAGAGACUGUGCUACUGACAGGUUCCACUGGCUAUCUUGGUGCAUUUUUGCUCAAGUCGUUGCUUGAGAACACUAAAGCUAAUAUCAUCUGUCUUGUGCGUUUCACAGAACCCAAGGAUGACUGUAGACCGGCGGGUAUUGCGCGUGUCCGCAAGAACUUGAUUGAUCUCGGCAUUUGGGAAGACUCUAUGCUUGACAGGAUUGACAUCUUCCCCGGCAACCUAGCGCGAAAGCGCUUGGGUUUGUCGCCUGAGAUGUUUGACGACCUUGCAUCUCGCGCGCAAGUUAUUAUUCAUGCGGCCGCGACCGUCAAUCUUGUUUACCCAUACGCUGCCCUGCGUAAUGCCAAUGUCGGCGGCACAAGAGAGAUUGUGCGCCUUGCUUCCCGACACGGAGCCACUCUUCAUCACAUCUCCACCAACGGUGUUCUCCCGCCUUCCGUCGAGGGAUGGUCCGAGGACACAAUGAUUGACAUUGAUGCCGUCGCUACAGACCUUCUGGAUGGCUAUGGUCAAACCAAGUGGGUUGCAGAAAAGCUCGUGCACGAGGCGGGACGCCGCGGCGUGCCGGUCAAGGUUUAUCGUCCAGGCACCAUCAGUGGACACUCGACUACCGGCGCCACGAAUACCUACGAUCUGCUGAACGCUCUUAUCGUUGAGUCACUACACCUGGGUCACGUUCCUGACGUGGACGGUUGGUUCGCAGAAAUGACGCCAGUUGACUUUGUCAGUGACGCCAUUACGACCCUUGCAAACCACAACGACCCCGAUCAAAUUGUGUAUCACGUUGGCGAUUCCAAGCCCCCUACAGCAGCCAAGAUAUUUGAAUGUCUGCAUGAGCUCGGAUAUGACACCAAGAAGCUCGCGUGGAAUGACUGGGUUGCCAUGUGGCAGGAAAAGCGCAGCUCCAACAAGGGAGACGAGCCCUUUACUGUCGACAUUCUCCGAGGUGGUAUGCCGACGGUCGAAGCACUGCAGUGUGUGAUGGUACUCAAGGAUGAUAAGACACAAGAAGCGCUUGACUUGUACGGUAUGAAGCGGCCGAAAAUCGAUGCCGCUCUCUGGAACACUUAUGCCAAGCACUUCUACGCCCGCGGUUGGCUGCCUCGCCCGCCGCGGCAGAACACCAACGGUACCAAUGGCGUGAAUGGUGUCAGCUUGAAAACAAAGGGCCGCCUUGCCGGCAAGGUCGCUGUUGUGACGGGUGCUUCGUCUGGUAUUGGGGCAGCAGUCGCUGCUGGUCUCGCCAAGGAGGGUGCGCAUGUGGCCCUUGCCGCGCGUCGUCUUGAUGCGCUGGAAGUGAUCAAGAAGAAGGUUCUGGUUCACGGAGGAAAGGUUGUCACCCAGAAAACGGAUGUUACCGAGAAGGAAGACGUGGAAUGUUUGAUGAAGACUGUGGAGGAGAAGCUGGGUGCCAUUGACAUUCUCGUCAGCUGCGCCGGCGUCAUGUACUUUACCAUGAUGGCCAAUGUGCAAACGGACGAGUGGGAGCGCACCGUCGACGUCAACUGCAAGGGUCUCCUGCAUUGCUUGUCCAACACGGUGCCCGGCAUGCUGCAGCGUGGCGGCGGGCACAUUGUCGCCAUCUCGUCGGACGCCGGGCGCAAGGUGUUCCCUGGUCUGGGUGUCUACUCGGCCAGCAAGUUUUUUGUGGAAGCGACUCUGCAAAGCCUGCGACUGGAGACUGCGGGCACUGGCCUGCGCGUGACAUCGAUCCAGCCGGGCAACACGGAGACGGAGCUUCUGGGCAUGUCGACGGACAAGGAGGCGCUGAAGAAAUUCGGAGAACCGACGGGCGCCAAGGUGCUCGACCCGAGCGAUGUCGCGUCGUCCAUCGUGUACGCCGUUUGCCAGCCGCCUCAUGUGGCAGUCAAUGAGGUUUUGAUUGAGCCGCGCGAUGAGCCCAUCUAG